CCCUGCUUUGGCUCUGGAACAACCGGCUGCUCAGCUGAAUGCUAUACGGACGCGGGGAGAGCAGACAUCCCCGGCCUGGCCUCCAGCGCGCGGAGCGUCCUAGAACCGGCAGCUCGGACCAUGAGCGCCCAGCAUUUCUGGGACCAGCUGCGGGCAGGCAGCUCGGAGGUGGACUGGUGCGAGGAUAACUACACCAUCGUGCCGGCCAUCGCCGAGUUCUACAACACGAUCAGCAAUGUCUUAUUUUUUAUUUUGCCGCCCAUCUGCAUGUGCUUAUUCCGUCAAUAUGCAGCAUGCUUCAACAGUGGCAUAUAUUUAAUAUGGACCCUGCUUGUUGUCGUGGGAAUUGGAUCAGUUUACUUCCAUGCGACACUGAGUUUCCUGGGUCAGAUGCUUGAUGAACUUGCUAUUCUUUGGGUAUUGAUGUGUGCAUUGGCCAUGUGGUUUCCCAGAAGGUACUUGCCAAAGGUCUUUAGAAAUGACAGGUGUGACAAUGUACGGGUCUAUAAACUGGGUCUCUUCUCAGGUCUCUGGUGGAUGUUAGCUCUCUUCUGUUGGAUCAGUGACAGAGUCUUCUGUGAGCUGUGGUCUUCCUUCAACUUCCCUUAUCUGCAUUGUGUGUGGCACAUCCUCAUUUGCCUGGCUGCCUACCUGGGUUGUGUCUGCUUUGCGUACUUUGAUGCUGCCUCCGAGAUUCCAGAACAAGGUCCUGUGAUCAAAUUCUGGCCCAGUGAAAAAUGGGCCUUCAUAGGAGUUCCCUAUGUCUCCCUCCUGUGUGCCCAUAAGAAAUCUCCGGUCAAGAUCACAUGAUGUAAAGUUCAGCAGCAAUGUUUUUGUCAUAUUUAUUUUUUCUCAUUUACUUAGUUAAUCCACCAGAGACACCCGAGUCUGUCUCUUUGUUUGGGUUUUUCCCUCCUGUAUGCUCAGCACUUGCAAAGAUUCAAUUGUGUACGAAAAGAAAUGCAUUUAUUUUCCUUUCCCUUGGAAAGGAGGAAG